GGGAGAAGAGUUUGUGUUACCCUGUCACCUGUCCCCCAGGCUGAGCGCUGAGAACAUGGAGGUGAGAUGGUUCCGGUCCCAGCUCUCUCCAUUUGUUCAUCGCUAUAGUGAUGGAAAGGACCAGUAUGGGCAGCAGAUGCCAGAAUAUCAGCGGAGGACAGAGCUCUUGAAAGAUGGUCUCACCAGUGGAAGUGUUGCCUUGAGAAUUUUCAAUAUCAGACCUUCUGAUGAAGGACAGUACAGCUGUUUUGUUCAAGAUGGUAUUGAUUAUGAAGAAGCCCUAUUGGAACUAAAUGUGGCAGCUUCAGGCUCUGCUCCUCACAUCUCUGUUGAGGAUUAUCAGGAAGGCGGAAUCCGGUUGGUGUGUCGAUCAUCUGGGUGGUACCCAGAGCCUGAGGUGCUGUGGAGAGAUCCCAGUGGACAGCAUUUACCAUCACUCUCUGGAACAAAUUCCCAAGAAGUCAAUGAGCUGUUUGAAAUAGAAAAUUCCAUCAUUAUUACAGAGAAUUCACACAAGAACGUGUCCUGUGUAGUCAGGAACACUCACACCAACCAUCAAAAGGAAUCAACAUUGUUCUAUAUAUCAGAUGCCUUUUUCCCAAUGACGAAUCCCUGGAUGGUGGCUCUCUGGGUGAUCCUGGUGGGGCUGGCUGGUUUCAUUGGCCUCACUAUUUAUCUAUUUAAAAUAAAAGGUAAACAGAGGGGAAAAUACAAGCCAGAAACUGGGGCUAGGGAGGGACUUUUGCAGAAGCUGGACAGUGAAGUGCGCUGGAGAAAAAUUGCUGCCCCUAUGGAAAAAGCAAAUGUGACUCUCGAUCCAGACACGGCUCAUCCCCAGCUCAUCCAGUCUGAGGAUCGGAAAAGUGUGAGACGGAGAGACACAUGGCAGGAUCUGCCCAACAAUCCUGAGAGAUUUGAAUAUGAGCGCUGUGUGCUGGGCUGUGAGGGCUUCACCUCAGGGAGACAUUACUGGGAGGUGGAGUUGGGGGGUGGGGAAUACUGGGCCGUGGGGGUUGCCAGAGAGUCUGUGAAGCGGAAAGGAGAGAUCAUUUUUGAAACUCAGGAGGGGAUCUGGGCUGUGGGCCAUUGGGGGAGUCAGUACCUGGCUGUCACCUCCCCUCGCUCCCCAUUGGUCCUAAAAUGGGUCCCCAGGAGGAUCCGGGUUUUUCUGAACUAUGAAGUGGGGCAGGUGGCAUUUUUUGAUGCUGAUAGAGGGGUCCUGAUAUUCACUUUCCCACCGGCUUCCUUUGCUGGGGAGAGAAUCCGCCCCUGGUUCUGGGUCUGGGAUACGGAAUCCCAGCUCAGACUGUGUCCCCGAGACACAGGAUGA